AUGGUGCCCAGUGUGAUCAACGUUGUUGUCAGAACUGCAUCAGCACCAUCUGCAAUCAAGGCAACGGGGGUUCCUGCAGUACAGGGUAUCCCGGUGUGCGAGUGGGGCAAGUAUGGACACAACUGUGACCGACUAUGUUCAGAUCACUGUGGAGUUCAUCCUGGCAGAAACCUUCGACCCUGUGACAAAGAUACUGGGAAGUGUUUGCAAGGGUGUGUUCGUGGUCGGCAUGGUGACCACUGUGAUCAACUUUGUAGCCCCAACUGCAUCAGCGCCAUCUGCAACCAAGGCAACGGGGGGUGUACCAUCGGGUGUAUAGAUGGAUACAUUGGAUAUUUCUGUAACAUAACAAUGCGUACACAGAUACAGACAACAGUGACCACUACCUACAGACCAUGUGACUGGGGCAGAUUUGGGGAAACAUGCGAUCAAGCCUGUCCUCCAGGUUGUGCCCUGGGUUCCGACAGAAACACCAACUACUGUCAGACUGGCACUGGAACGUGCACUCGGGGAUGUCGGCGUGGUUGGCAUGGCGACCGAUGUGAAAAGCUGUGUGGCUGGAACUGCAUUGCGGACACCUGUCAUCAAGGAAGUGGGCAUUGUACCCAUGGGUGCAGAGGUAGAUAUACAGGAGAGUUCUGUGAAGCAGAAAAAGGUGAGGGGCACAAAGGACAGACUUAUUAG